UAUAGUUUAGAUAUACUAGUUUAUCCUCUCCUAAUUUCUAGUUUAGUUUCCUUAGUCAGUUUUAUCUAAAUCCCUAAACUUUAGGGAUUGAUUAUGUUUUAUGCCUAUUUAUUUUAUUGUAUCCAUCAAUUCAAUAACAUGAAAAUCAUUCAGAUUCAAGUUGGUACUAGAGCAUUCUGGUCCUGGUUUGGAAACCCUAACCCAGCCGCCACCAAGGCAUCUAGGGUUUUUUUUUCGAAUUUUGUUAGCGGUUGUCGGAGUUGAUGCCGCCUGAGUGUUCAUAGGUCGCCGAUCGGCCUUUCUAUUGUGAGCCGCCUCCAGACCGGUGUCUCACGCGCUCAAACGUGCGGUUUUUGUCAGAAAAGCUCGCCGGCGCGUGGGGUUCACGCGCCGCCCUCCAGGCCUCCGUUUGCGACGCCGUUUGCACCGUUGGACUCGCCGGCCCUCCCUCUUCUUGUUUUUGACCCUUUUUAGGUAGUGGGUCACACUGUAGGUGAUUGUUUGGUUGCUGCUUGGAAUUUCGUGGUUGUUUGGGUGCUGCCACGAAAUUUCGAGACUGUUUGGAGGUGUUUUUUUGUUGCUGUUCUUCUCCUUUUUCUCUUCAUGGCAGAGAUUUCCAAGAAUGGCACACCCUCUGCUUUUAUCCCUAGUUCAACUGACCAUGGAAGUCGAGGGCGUGGUCGAGGUCGUGUUCGUGGUAAAGGGGGUAGAGGAAACCUCCAUUGUACCUACUGCCAAAGAGAUGGGCAUACACGAGACAAGUGUUAUUCCUUGCAUGGCUUUCCGAGCAAGAUAGCUAAAGUGGCUCAAUCUCCGACUUCGGCUCUAGAAGUCAAGAUUGAACCCAAGAGUAAUCAUCCAAUCACAUUAUCUGCCGAUGAUUACAAAGAGUAUCUUCAACUAAAGGCGACUAAACAGGCCCCUUCCUCCAUCACUGUUGCUCAUACUGGUAAUUCUACGGUCUGUCUCUCUCAUUCUACGUCUAUUGGACCUUGGGUUUUGGACUCCGGUGCUUCUGAUCACCUAACUGGACCGGAGUACGGGACAGACGAUUGGAGCCGGAUCUGAAUCACAUGGUCUCUACUACCUUCAGCCUUCUACCUCUACCAUAUGUGCAUCUAUUGAGUCUCCUGGUUUAAUUCAUCGUCGC